CCUGUCAGGGCGCCGGCGUCGUGGUGCUUGGGCGGUCGCCACCGGGAGGACUUUGGUGGGGCAGUCUCGGGCAGCCCGGCGGCCCGCUGCGCUCGUCUUGGGCCUCUGUCCCAACCUGCACCUCUCGGCUCGCAGGCCGCACCGUAGCGCGAGCGUGCGGGUCCGCGUCGUUGCGGCCUUGGGACCGGGGCCCAGCUGCAGCCUCCUCCACCGCAGCGGGCUCGGAGGGGCGGCGAGAUGCAGCCGCCGGGCCCGCCCCCGGCGUAUGCCCCCGCUAACGGGGACUUCACCUUUGUCUCCUCAGCAGACGCGGAAGACCUCAGUGGUUCCAUAGCAUCCCCAGAUGUCAAAUUAAACCUUGGUGGAGAUUUUAUCAAAGAAUCCACAGCUACUACAUUUCUGAGACAAAGAGGGUAUGGCUGGCUUUUGGAAGUUGAAGAUGAUGAUCCUGAAGAUAACAAGCCACUCUUGGAAGAAUUGGAUAUCGAUCUAAAGGAUAUUUACUACAAAAUCCGAUGUGUUUUGAUGCCAAUGCCAUCACUUGGUUUUAAUAGACAAGUGGUGAGAGACAAUCCUGACUUUUGGGGUCCUCUGGCUGUUGUUCUUUUCUUUUCCAUGAUAUCAUUGUAUGGACAGUUUAGGGUGGUUUCAUGGAUUAUAACCAUUUGGAUAUUUGGUUCACUGACAAUUUUCUUGCUGGCCAGAGUUCUUGGUGGUGAAGUUGCAUAUGGCCAAGUUCUUGGAGUUAUAGGAUAUUCAUUACUUCCUCUCAUUGUAAUAGCUCCAAUACUUUUGGUGGUUGGAUCAUUUGAAGUGGUAUCUACACUUAUAAAACUGUUUGGUGUGUUUUGGGCUGCCUACAGUGCUGCUUCAUUGUUAGUGGGUGAAGAAUUCAAGACCAAAAAGCCUCUCCUGAUUUAUCCAAUCUUUUUAUUAUACAUUUAUUUUUUGUCUUUAUAUACUGGAGUGUGAUCCAAGUGUUUCAUGAGUAGAAAAAGACAAUGUUGCAUUUGUAUGUAGGCUGGGACUUCUUGCUGAAGGGAUUGGAGAAAACGUUGCUGGUAAAAUUUCACAUGUUGAGAUGAAAAGGCAGGUUUAAGGUCUUUUUACAACAAUAUUUUUUGUAUUUAAUUAAGCAAUUACAGUUAUCUGGGAUUUUUUGGUCAGAAUUCUAAACUGUUUGAUUCUUCAUAUUCCAGUGAAUAAAAUAUAAAAGCAUUGUGUUUUUAA